GUUUCCAACAACGUAACAGUAACCAAAACAGCACCACAUCGUCAACCUUAAACCCGUCACAUACCACCGCCGGGAAAAUGCCAAUCACAAUUCUCCAACCGGCAUUGCUACCGGCGCACAGCCCACGGGAUGCAAGCUACGAUUCCGAGUCAGAUUCGGAGGGUGGUGUCGACCUGGAAGGCGACAUCUCCAUGAUGCGCCCGGCCAAGCGAGCUCGACGGACAGGCGACGACUCGAUCGUGACUCCCGGUGAGGUGAUCACGGAAGAUCCUCAAUGGAUGCGCGGCCACGGCACAUACACAACCGCAGACCCCCCCGCGAUAAUAUCCUCCGUAGCAGGCACCCUCUCCAAAACCAACAAACUCCUCUCCGUGCGUCCCCUCCGCGCACGCUACACCCCCGAAAUAGGCGACCUAGUCGUCGGCCGCAUCGUAGAAGUCCAAGCGAAGCGCUGGCGCGUCGACGUCGGCGCCUCGCUCCUCGCACAACUACCCCUCAGCGCCGUCAACCUGCCCGGCGGAAUCCAGCGCCGCCGCACCGAGACCGACGAGCUGCAGAUCCGGACGUUUUUCAGCGAGGGCGAUUUACUAGUCGCCGAGGUGCAGCAGCUGUACUCGGACGGCGGCGCGGUCCUGCACACGCGCAGUCUGCGCUUCGGUAAGUUGCGCAAUGGCGUGUUCAUGGCUGUCAGCGGCACCGGCGGCGGCGGCGGUGUGAUCCGCGCGAAACGGCAGACUUUCGUGUUGGAUGUUGGUCGUGCGGCAGGGGGCGGAGGCGCCGCGGCAGACGAUGCGGAGAAGAUUGAUAUUGUGCUGGGUGUGAACGGGUAUAUCUGGGUUAGCAAGCACGUCGAAGGCGAGGGCGCGGCAACUGAGGGUACGGGGCCGGGGAUUACGCGGAUCGAAGAGAGCGUGGGACUGAAUGUGUAUUCGAGCCAGAACGAUGCGAUACCGCCUGGUACGAUGCGUGAGAUUGCGCGGGUUAGGGGUGUUAUCAAUGCUCUUAUCGAGCAUGGCCUACGUGUGGACGAGGAAAUGGUAAUUACGGGUUACCACGAAGCGGUCGAGAUGGCAAGGGCUGAUGGUGAUGGCGAGGAGACGUUAUAUCUUGGAGGUGAACGAGGUCGGCGACUAGCAGAUACUCUUGUGGGACGAUAGGGACAGAGAUAAAUAUCUUUACUUUGCCGAUCAAGGGCAGUUACUACAUUCGAUACUGUAGGAUACCUAUCAUAGGCUAAUGAUAUAUGUAUAUGUAGCCGGACUGGCUAUCGGGACACGAAUUCGUUAUAUACUCCUUAGAAACGCCCCUUGGCCAUCUUCAUUACAAUUAUACCCCUUCAGUCCCUAUUCUUCCUUAUAGACAUUUUUGUUUGAUAAUACCACAGGUUCAAGACUAAUAGGAACAUCGCUAUACACAUGCAAAAUACAGUGUAACUCGAUACUCGAGAUAGACUCGUCGUAUGCGCAACAAUCUUACGAAUACAAAUAAAAUUCGAUUCCGCAAAUCAGGGUACAAAUUAGAGCUUCGCUCGCGGAGUAUCACAUUAAAGUCGCUGCAAACCCCAAUAUCGCACAUCACUUCCAAAACUCAAGACCGCGCCCAGACCGAUACCGAGAAAAUACGGCAUACGCCGAGGUAAGGAGAACAAUCCACCUCAUUAACGCACCUUUGGCAGUGGGGCCGCCG